GGCUGCGAGCAGGCCCGCCUCGCCCCCCCCCCGCCGCCCCUCCCUCCCUCGGCUCAGCCCGGCAGCGGCGGCGGCGGCAGUCGCGGGAGAAGCAUCAUGCCGAGGAGGAAGCAGCAGGCGCCCCGGCGCGCAGCAGCCUAUGUUUCUGAUGAGUUAAAGGCAGCCGCCUUGGUAGAGGAUGACAUAGAGGCUGAGGAGCGAGCGGCCGAUGGAGAACCCUCAGCCAAGUACAUGUGUCCAGAGAAGGAACUCACCAAGGCCUGCCCAAGCUACCAGAACUCACCAGCCGCUGAGUUUUCCAGCCACGAAAUGGACAGCGAAUCUCACAUCAGCGAGACCAGUGACCGGAUGGCUGACUUUGAAAGUAGUUCCAUCAAGAAUGAAGAGGAGACCAAGGAAGUCCCGGUGCCCCUGGAGGACACCACCGUGUCGGAUAGUCUGGAGCAGAUGAAGGCCGUGUACAACAACUUCCUGUCCAAUUCCUACUGGUCCAACCUCAACCUGAACCUGCACCAGCCCUCCUCGGAGAACAAUGGUGGCAGUAGUAGCAGCAGCAGCAGCAGCAGCAGUAGCUGCGGCAGCGGGAGUUUUGACUGGCACCAGAGUGCCAUGGCGAAGACCCUGCAGCAGGUGUCGCAGAACCGCAUGUUGCCUGAGCCCAGCCUUUUCAGCACCGUGCAGCUGUAUCGCCAGAGCAGCAAGCUGUAUGGCUCCAUCUUCACUGGUGCCAGCAAGUUCCGCUGCAAAGACUGUAGCGCAGCCUAUGAUACCCUGGUGGAGCUGACGGUGCACAUGAAUGAGACAGGUCACUAUCGCGAUGACAACCACGAGACCGACAACAACAACCCCAAGCGCUGGUCCAAGCCUCGCAAGCGGUCUCUGUUGGAAAUGGAAGGGAAGGAAGAUGCUCAGAAGGUGCUGAAGUGCAUGUACUGUGGCCACUCCUUUGAGUCCCUCCAAGACCUGAGCGUCCAUAUGAUCAAAACUAAACACUACCAAAAAGUGCCUCUCAAGGAACCUGUCACACCCGUCGCAGCCAAAAUCAUCCCUGCCGCUCGGAAGAAACCUUCACUGGAGCUGGAGCUGCCUAGCUCCCCCGACUCCACAGGUGGAACCCCCAAAGCUACCCUGUCUGACACCAGUGAUGCCCUGCAGAAGAACUCCAAUCCUUACAUCACGCCAAAUAACCGGUACGGCCACCAGAAUGGGGCCAGCUAUGCAUGGCACUUCGAGGCCCGGAAAUCUCAGAUCCUCAAAUGCAUGGAAUGUGGCAGCUCCCAUGACACCCUCCAGGAGCUCACAGCCCACAUGAUGGUCACUGGCCACUUUAUCAAAGUCACAAACUCAGCCAUGAAGAAGGGGAAGCCCAUCAUGGAGACGCCCGUCACACCCACCAUCACCACCUUGCUGGAUGAGAAGGUCCAGUCUGUGCCGUUGGCAGCUACCACGUUCACGUCUCCCUCCAGCACGCCUGCGAGCGUCUCCCCAAAGCUGACUGUAGAGGUCAAAAAGGAAGUGGACAAGGAGAAAGCCAUCAUGGAUGAAAAACCCAAGGAGAAAGAGAAGAGCAGCGAGGAGGAAGAGAAGUAUGACAUUUCUUCCAAGUACCACUAUUUGACUGAAAAUGACUUAGAAGAGAGCCCUAAAGGGGGGCUAGAUAUCCUUAAAUCCCUCGAAAACACAGUAACGUCCGCCAUCAACAAGGCUCAGAAUGGCACUCCCAGCUGGGGGGGUUACCCCAGCAUCCACGCCGCCUACCAGCUCCCCAACAUGAUGAAGCUGUCCCUGGGCUCCUCAGGGAAGAGCACACCCCUGAAACCCAUGUUUGGCAACAGCGAAAUCGUGUCUCCUACAAAAACCCAGACCCUGGUCUCUCCACCCAGCAGCCAGACCUCCCCCAUGCCCAAGACAAACUUUCAUGCCAUGGAAGAACUGGUGAAAAAGGUCACUGAGAAAGUUGCCAAAGUUGAGGAGAAAAUGAAAGAGCCCGAAGGCAAAAUGUCGCCGCCCAAGCGGGCAACGCCGUCUCCCUGCAGUAGUGAACAGAGUGAGCCCAUUAAGAUGGAGGCCUCCAGUGAUGGUGGCUUCAAAAGCCAGGAGAACAGCCCCAGCCCACCAAGAGAUGGGUGCAAGGAGGUGAGCCCUGCUGCGGAGCCGGUGGAGAACGGCAAGGAGCUGGUGAAGCCUCUGAGUGGAGGUCUCAGCGGCAGCACGGCCAUCAUCACGGACCAUCCACCAGAACAGCCUUUUGUGAACCCCCUGAGUGCCCUGCAGUCGGUCAUGAAUAUCCACUUGGGGAAGGCUGCCAAGCCCUCUCUGCCUGCGCUGGACCCCAUGAGCAUGCUUUUCAAGAUGAGCAACAGUCUAGCUGAGAAGGCGGCCGUGGCCACCCCACCACCCCUUCAGGCCAAGAAGGCAGACCAUCUGGACCGCUAUUUCUACCACGUCAACAAUGACCAGCCCAUAGACUUGACAAAAGGAAAGAGUGACAAAGGUUGCUCUUUAGGUUCAGGGCUUUUGUCCUCCACGUCCACAUCCCCAGCCACGUCCUCCUCUACCGUGACAACGGCAAAGACAUCUGCCGUCGUAUCAUUCAUGUCCAACUCGCCACUGCGCGAGAAUGCCUUGUCAGAUAUAUCCGAUAUGUUGAAGAACUUGACAGAGAGCCACACGUCAAAAUCCUCCACUCCUUCCAGCAUCUCUGAGAAGUCUGACAUUGACGGGGCCACCCUGGAAGAGGCCGAGGAGUCGACUCCGGCGCAGAAGAGGAAAGGCCGUCAGUCAAACUGGAACCCUCAGCACCUGCUGAUCCUGCAGGCCCAGUUUGCAGCCAGUCUACGGCAGACAUCCGAAGGGAAGUACAUCAUGUCAGAUCUGAGCCCCCAGGAGCGCAUGCACAUCUCGAGGUUCACGGGGCUCUCCAUGACCACCAUCAGCCACUGGCUGGCCAACGUGAAAUACCAACUUCGGAGGACAGGUGGAACAAAGUUCCUCAAAAACUUGGACACUGGUCACCCUGUGUUCUUUUGUAACGACUGUGCGUCACAAAUCAGGACUCCUUCCACGUACAUCAGCCACCUAGAGUCACAUCUGGGCUUCCGGCUACGGGACUUAUCGAAAUUGUCCACCGAACAGAUUAACAAUCAAAUAGCACAAACCAAGUCACCCUCAGAAAAGUUGGUGACGUCCUCCCCGGAGGAAGACCUGGGGACCUCCUAUCAGUGCAAGCUUUGCAAUCGGACCUUUGCGAGCAAGCAUGCCGUUAAACUUCACCUUAGCAAAACUCACGGGAAAUCGCCAGAAGACCACCUUCUGUUCGUUUCCGAGCUGGAGAAGCAGUAGCGUUGGCUCCAGGGUGGAAAUGACUGGAGGGAAAUGCUGAAGGCACCUUAAAGCCCCUCUGUCUUGUUCUUGGCACAUAUUCUUAAUGUUAGCUGCAGAGCAUCAUUCCGGGCUGGACUGUUUGGUAUAACUGUACAGUGUUUAAUAGAGAGGUGCAUAGAAUCAGCUGUUGUUACUGGUAAAAUAACGAAGGUUAAAACGCAGUGCUAAGUGUUUGGAACUUUGUGUAAAUGGGAUUUAAUUGUGAGCAUCCCCUCGAUGCUUCAAGCUGCAUGCAUUAACAGACAGUUUAAUUAAGCAUUUCUAAUGAAACCAGGCACACUUUUUCCAUGAAAUUUGGGUGUGCUGGCAUUUCUCACCCUUUCAUCUUUAGCCCUCUGAGUACUACGAAGCACUUUUGCAUUAAUUUGGUUAAAAAAAAAGAUAAUAAUAACACAAAAUAAUAACAAAUAAUAAUAAUGUAUGAAAACUGUUUUUAAACUCCUUACCAGCUUAGUUAUAAGGAAUAAUAGGAACCUCCAUUUAUGCAGGUCUGCAGGGGUAUAACACGCCUUGAAAUUUAAAAGAAUAUUAUUUUCACAUUGAAACAUAGAUGUAUAUAUUGUAUAGAUUUCAAACUCUUAUGGAAAAAAAUGUGACCGGUUAAAUGACCCUUUCUUUCUUGCAUUUAUAACAAGUGUUUUAUGUACCAGCUAUACUCUGGGCACAAGCCACGCCUCUGUAUAGUGUAUAUUUCCUUAUCUUUUUUUCUUUUUUUAAGGUUUAUGUUGUUGUUGUUUUUUUUACAUGCAAACGUUGUAAAUUAUACAGAAAAAUUCCACAGAUAGCAUUUAUAAAAUAUGCAGAAGCAUUAUCUCAAAGCAAGGUAUGAUGUUUGUUUUGCUAUACGGCACAUCUAUAUUGAUAGAGGGUUCAUGUUUAAAUUAUACAUAUUUAUUAGCAUUCUAUUAUCAUUUGUUUGGAGGCCAGGAAAUCCAUCCCUGGCAGACAUCAUAACUAUUUUGCACAUGGUUCUUUAAAGGUAUUUAUUAGAAAUUAAAGGAUGCUCAAAAUAAACUCAGUGCUCAAAGGGUUAAGUCUAUAGGAAAAGGAAAAAAAAAAACAAUUUAAAAAAAAAACCAACAACUUGUACUGUAUUUCCUGAACAGUGAUAAAGCCUUUAAAAUGUUUGUACUGUAAUCCUUUGCUUAAAAGUCAUGAGGUGUUCUGUGGGACAGCCUCCCCCACUUAUUCAUAAGCCCUCUUGGUUGCUAGUUCAUAAGGUGGGAUUCUUUCUUUCUUUCUUUCUUUCUUUCUUUCUUUCUUUCUUUUUGUUUCUUUCUUUCCUUCUCUUUCUUUUUUCUUCCUUCAUUUUUCUUUCCUUUCCUUUUUUCUUUUUUAAUUUCUAUCGGUAACUUUGCUUUGUUCUUCCUAAUUAUUCUCCCAAGACCCCACACUGCAGUUUUAUCUUCAGGCUUAUGAAAGGUAACCCGUGGUUACCAACUCUCCAAGCCAUCCUGUUCCUCUCCAUUUCUGGCGGUUAAUUUGCAGACAUAACUGACAGCUGACACCAUAUGAGAACCUAUGUAUAAAAUAUUGGCAUGUGAGCACCACAGACACCGUGACGCACUCUGUGCCCUGUUUUGUUGUCGACAAUGGCACACCAUGAUGUGACUCUUCAUAUAACCCUUCUUUUCUACGGCAGCAUUAAAAUUGUCUUUUUGCUAUAAUUUUGUGUUGCGUUCACAAUUAUGUCUGAGAUGUGCUACGACUAACGAGCACAUUAAAAUUAAAUUGUAUGCGAUCUGUUUAUGACUGACUCGGUUGCUGUGUCUGCCAGGUGCUGGCAGUUGGAGGCUGCGCGUAAAUCAGGGGAGUUUUAGUGAACUUUGGUGUGUAUAAAGAAAUCGAGACAGCUUAUGUCGCAUUUCCCCGAGGAAUAAAGAUUGGAAGGAAAGGAGAGAUGCAGGUGAGGCUAGAACCCCCCGUGGGCAAGGGGUGUCGUAAUAAAAUCUCCAGGGUCAAAGCUUCAUUCGGGUCACACU